CUCAUUCUGCUUUUGGUGCUUACGUUUCCUUCCCUUUCACAGAUAAAUAGCUUGCCUUGCUCAUGUUUUAUGUUAUCAUUCAUUCUUUGAUUGCGUGCAUCUUUCUUCCCACCUUCUUCACUCUUGUAUCCGUGUUUUUCACUUCCUUAAACUUACCAUAUCAAGUUUUGAAUUUGCGGGUACAACCCCGUUUUUAAUUAAACAUGUUCAUGCUUGUCGAGCUUCAUCUGAUUCUGCUUCCAUUGAUUUGAAAUCGGGGCUCAUGGUAAAUAGCUUGUUUUGAUUUUCUUGGUUUUUAUUGUUGGUGGGACUUUCGAAGCAUUCUUCUUUACAUGGGUUCCAUCAGAGGGAUCAAGAAGAGGAAGAAGGCCGAAGGUAAGGAUGAACACGAUGCUUCAGAAACUCCAUUGCAGUUUCUUCAACCCCAGCCCUUGGAUUGGUGGCAACAGUUUUCCCAGAGAAUUACAGGACCUUUAUCUCAAUCAAAAAAUAUAGAAAAAUUUGAGUCUGUUUUCAAGAUCUCGAGAAAGACGUUCAACUACAUAUGUUCUCUUGUGGAAGAAGAUAUGAGGGCCAGAUCUUCAAAUUUCAUGGAUAUAAAUGGCAACCAUUUGUGUCUGAAUGACCAAGUAGCUGUUGCUCUUAGGAGGCUUAGCUCUGGUGAGUCAUUGUCAACCAUUGGUGACUCAUUUGGAAUGAACCAAUCUACAGUUUCCCAAAUCACAUGGCGAUUUGUAGAAUCCAUGGAAGAACGAGGGCUUCGCCAUCUUACUUGGCCUUCAACUGAACAAGAAAUGGAAGAGAUAAUGACAAAGUUUGAGAGGAUAGAGGGCCUUCCUAAUUGUUGUGGUGCAAUUGACAUCACACACAUAAUGAUGACUUUGCCUUCAACGGACUCUUUGAAUGACGUAUGGCUGGACCGUGAGAAGAACUGCAGUAUGAUAUUGCAAGCAAUUGUAGAUCCUGAUAUGAGAUUCCGUGACAUAAUUGCGGGUUGGCCAGGAAGUCUGAGUGAUGACCUUGUGCUACGAAGCUCAUCUUUCUUCAAACUCACUGAAGAAGGAAAGAGGUUGAACGGUUCUAAGAAGACACUCCCAGAUGGAACAAUAUUGGCUGAGUACCUGAUUGGGGACACUGGUUUUCCCCUUUUACCGUGGCUUCUCACUCCUUACAAAGGGAAAAGCCUGUUACCUGACCAGGCUGAGUUUAACAAACGGCUUGGUGCAACCCGAAUGGUAGCCAGGCGAGCACUGGCAAGGUUGAAAGACAUGUGGAAAAUAAUUCAUGGUGUCAUGUGGAAGCCUGAUAAGCACAAAUUGCCAAGGAUAAUUCUUGUUUGCUGUAUCCUGCAUAAUAUAGUCAUUGACAUGGAGGAUAACGUACAUGGCGAUACACCCUCGUGCCAGCAGCAUGAUUCAGGAUAUCGAGAACAAACCUGUGAAUUCGUAGACAAUACCGCUUCUCUUUUGAGGGAAAAGCUUUCUCUGUACUUAUCCAGCAAAUUGCCAGCUUGACAUGACAUGAGGAUUGUUGAACCCAAUGGUGGGUGUUGCAAAAAGCUGAAGGAGUUGAACACAAAUUUUAAUGCUGCUUCUUUUUGUUCCAGUGUUGUUUUUAACUUGUCCAUGAAAGGAUUGAACAGAUAAACAUUUAUAUUGAAGGCUGUUAGUUUGAUUGCUGUCAUUGCUUUGGAA